AUGGUGAUCAUAGUCAUCAAAAUAUACAAGAAAGCAUAUAGUAAACAAAAAGAAAAUCAAUCAAGGAUUGAAAUUUUCUUGAGGAACAAUGCUCUCCAGCCAACACGGUACUCUUAUGCUGAAAUAAAGAAAAUAACAAAUAAAUAUAAAAAAAAUAGGCCAAGGAGGAUAUGGGAGGAGGGGAAGCUUUCAAAUGGUAUCCAAGUAGCAGUUAAAGUUCUCAACAAUUCAGACGGAAGACACAAUGGAGAAGAAUUCGUCAAUGAAGUUGCCAUUAUAGGGAAAGACAAGACACCAAUAAACCUUGGAUGGGUGAAGCUUCAAGAGAUUGCAACCGGUAUAGCUCGUGGUAUGGACUAUCUUCAUCAAGGUUGCGAUCAACGUAUUCUGCAUUUUGAUAUCAAACCUCAAAAUAUUUUACUGGAUCACAAUUUUACUCCAAAGAUCUCUGACUUUGGUCUAGCAAAGCUAUGUACCAAAGAUACAUUUGUCACAGUUUCUAUGGCUGCUGCUAGAGGAACAAUGGGUUACAUUGCACCUGAAGUUUUCUCGAGGAACUUUGGUAUCGUAUCAUAUAAGUCAGACGUGUAUAGCUUUGGAAUGUUGUUACUUGAAAUAGUAGGAGGAAAGAAGAAUACAAAAUUUAGGAUGGAAACAAGUGACGAAGAAUACUUCCAACAGUGGAUAUACAUUCGUUUGAAUCGUGGGGAAAAUUUAGGAAUUCAUGUUGAAGCAGAAGAUUUGGAUAUAGUAAAGAAAUUAACCAUGGUGGCACUCUGGUGUAUUCAGUGGAACCCUGUUGAUCGUCCUUCCAUGAAUGGUGUCCUUCAUAUGCUAGAAGGGAAUACUGAAAAAUUACUUAUGGCACCCAACCCUUUCGCCUCGACGGCUUCAGUUUCCAAUACUUCAGCAGUUAAUCAUUCAAAUGAAUUAACACCAAUCCUAGAAGAUUACGAAUGAAGAUAAUGUAAUAAAAGCUUUUUAAAUUUUUUUUUUCAUGUCCUUGUGUAUAAAUUUGAAUGUUGAGAAAGAUCUGUA